GAUACGAAGAUUGUCUUAUCUUAUUUUCUCUAAAUAAAUUAAAUAAAUUGCAGCGAGAUAAACUAAAAAAUCCAGGUCUAGUGUUGGUGUUUCGGGAAAAAAUGUGUAUGAAUUAGCCUGUCUUGUUUCGUUGUUUCGCCGGGAAUUAAUUCGAAUAAAUGAAUCGGAAAGCCUUUCAUUAAUCAAAUGGAGAGAAACAUCGUGAUCAUAGGCGACGGAUACGUCGGCAAAACGAGCAUUUUGAAUGCGAUCAAAGAGAAGAAGUUCGAGGAACAAAUCCCUAAUGUGUAUGAUAACUUCGAGCUGUGUCAAACGGUAAACGGUAAACAAUUCCAACUCAAGUUUAUCGAUACGGCAGGUCAGGAGGAAUUCGCAAUGAUCAGGAAACUUUCCUACGAGGAUGCGAACCUUUUUCUGCUGUGUUUCGCUGUAGACGACCGAGUUUCCUUCGAAAACAUGGAAAGUGUCUGGGUACCGGACUUGCAAAACUGCAAAGACGUACCAGUGGUUCUCGUUGGUACAAAAUCAGAUUUGCGCAAAACACACAGUUGCAUAAAUCGGGACGAAAUCAUCAAAUUCCAGAAAAAAAUCAAUGCUCUAUUUUACGCAGAAUGCUCGGCGAAGACUCUGGACGGAAUUGAGGAUUUGAAGAAGCGGAUUUUGAAGCUGUUUGCCAAAGAAAAAUCUUGCACCAUCCAGUGAAUUAUUUUUUUUGAGAGACAAUGGCUGUGUUAUACCUUAUCAAUAAAAAUUUUACGCUA